AUGUUUUCUUCUCUAUUUUCUCUUCUACUUUUGUCGAUUGUCGGCUUCUGCUUGCACGGUACUUAUGGCGAUUACGGAGGAUGGGACACCGCCCACGCCACUUUCUACGGCGGCGGGGAUGCAUCCGGCACAAUGGGAGGUGCUUGUGGCUAUGGCAACUUGUACAGCCAGGGUUACGGUACAAACACCGCAGCCUUGAGUACCGCUCUUUUCAACAACGGUCUUACCUGUGGGGCCUGCUACGAACUUACCUGCUCUAGUGACCCUAAGUGGUGCUUACCUGGGACCAUCACGGUCACCGCCACCAACUUCUGCCCGCCCAACCCUUCCCUGCCCAAUGACGCCGGCGGGUGGUGCAACCCGCCACGUCAGCACUUUGACCUUGCCGAGCCAGCAUACCUUCAAAUCGCCCAAUACCGAGCUGGCAUUGUCCCGGUUUCUUUUCGAAGGGUGCCGUGCCAGAAAAAGGGCGACGUGAGGUUCACGAUCAACGGCCACUCGUUUUUCAACUUGGUUUUGGUGACCAAUGUCGGUGGCCCGGGCGAUAUACAUGCCGUGUCGAUUAAGGGGUCAAGGACAGGCUGGCAGCCCAUGUCAGAGGAAUUGGGGGCAAAAUUGGCAGAGCAACUCUUACCUCAACGAUCAAGCGCUAUCGUUUCAAAUCGUGGGGGGCGACGGAAGGACCCUCACGAGCUACAAUGUGGCACCGGCCGGGUGGCGGUUCGGGCAGACAUUCCAAGGAGGCCAAUUUUAAUUUUUUUUUAUACCUAA